GGGGUCUAGUGAGUAUGUUAAGAUUUUAAAUAUCAAAAAUGGCCUGCUCUCCGAGGCACACCCUACCUAUGAGACAGUUCCAGUGAUUAAGGUGAUGUGUUUAACUAUCUCUUGAUUGCACAGCCAGUGAAAGGUGAAGUGCCGGAUUGGGCUGUUCCAUUACAUGCAAUGCCACGUUCCUGUUUUUUUUUUGUUUCCAACAAGCCAAUGGAAUCUCCCUGGCGAUUGCUGCUUUGCUUGUCACAUGGUCUGAUCUGUAGGCAGGUAAAUGAGGACAGAAAGCAGCCAUCGCUUUUCCCCAUGUCAGAGUGAAAGAGACCAGCUUUGUCAGUUUCGCCUCGUGAAUGAGCAAGUCCACCAACACGUUAGGACCAGGUAGACUUCGAAGAGACACUUUGGCUCUUUGAGAGAGAGGGAAAAGAGACUUUCUUAUCUUCCCUUCCCUUUUUGUAAAAAAAAAUCUUUCUUUAAGACCGGUAGAGGUGAUCACUGGAAAGGUGAACACUUUUUUUCUCCUUGUGUUUUAAGCUUUGCUUGUUGUAGCUCUCCGUCAUGACGGCUUCGCACGAUUCUCUGGUGGUUUUGUCUGGGGCAACAGCUGGUGCAAAUGGGGCUAAACUUGGUUCGGAUGAAAGGGAACUAGUUCUCUUGGUGUGGCAAGUUGUGGAUCUACACAACAAGAAGGUGGGAGAAGUCCACAAAGUGCUGGUGAAAGCCGACAGCCUAGAGUUGAGCGAGCAAUGUAAAGGGGAGAUUGGCGUUAGUGUGGAAAUCAAUGAUUUUGACAAUUUGACAUUCUGUCAUUACUUGCCAACACCCCAGCCACAGACACUGGACCUGCCAAAUAAGCAAACUUUGGGAGUGUUCAGCCAGGUUUUGUCCAGUGAAUUGAAAGCACUUGGGAGGAGUUCUUAUUGUCUUUGUACUGAUGGCCAAUUACUCAUUCGCCAGGUUCUACACCCAGAAGCAUCCAAAAAGAAUUUGGUGCUUCCUGACUGUUUCUACUCGUUUUAUGACCUGCAGAAGGAAUUUCACAAAUGUUGUCCAAAUGCAGCCUCCAUAAACUCCAACAGUUCAAUGGCAGAAUACUUGGAAUUAAGCACAGAUAAUACAGCCAAUGAAUAUGGUGUGUUUGAAGUUAUUACCAUGGGUGCAGUUAUUUUAAGCUUAAUAAGCGAACCUUACAAUUAUGUGUUCAAAAACUUUGAAACUGUCAAGUACAAGUUUGAAACGGGUCCGUGUAGCAAAGCUGAAGGAGUGAAUGGUGAAACUGUCAUUAGGGCCAGAGGUCUACCAUGGCAAUCAUCUGACCAAGAUAUUGCAAGAUUUUUUAAAGGACUAAACAUAGCCAAAGGUGGAGUGGCACUGUGCCUCAAUUCCCAAGGAAGAAGAAAUGGUGAAGCACUUGUCAGGUUCAUCAAUCCUGAACAUCGGGACCUUGCGCUUGAGAGGCACAAACACCACAUGGGGAGUAGAUACAUUGAGGUGUACAAGGCUACUGGAGAAGAAUUCUUAAAAAUUGCCGGAGGUACUUCGAAUGAAGUCGCCCAAUUCUUGUCAAAGGAGAACCAAGUUAUAAUACGAAUGCGUGGACUACCUUUCACAGCCACGGUCGAUGAUGUCCUGGGCUUCUUUGGAAAUGAGUGUCCUGUUACAGGUGGCAAGGAAGGACUCCUCUUUGUUAAAUACCCCGAUGGAAGACCGACUGGGGAUGCGUUUGUGUUGUUUGCCUGUGAAGAAUUUGCACAAAAUGCACUUAAAAAACAUAAGGAGAUAUUGGGGAAGCGUUACAUUGAACUAUUCAGGAGUACUGCAGCAGAAGUACAGCAGGUAUUAAAUAGGUAUAUGUCGACACCACUAAUUUCGACACUCCCAGCUCCUAUCAUCCCAGUGAUACCUCAGCCAUUCAUUGCCACUGGACAUACGAGAGAUUGUGUUCGUCUACGGGGCCUUCCCUAUACAGCAACCAUUGAAGAUAUUCUGGACUUCAUGGGAGAAUUUACAAUUGAUAUAAAACCUCAUGGAGUUCACAUGGUACUAAAUCAACAGGGCCGGCCCUCGGGUGAUGCCUUUAUUCAGAUGAAGUCUGCAGACCGUGCUUUCUUGGUUGCGCAGAAAUGUCACAAAAAGACUAUGAAGGACAGAUAUGUGGAAGUGUUUCAGUGUUCUGGAGAUGAAAUGAGCUAUGUUUUAAUGGGUGGCACUUUAAAUCGUAGUGGCUUGUCUCCGCCACCAUGUAAGUUACCAUGCCUCUCUCCGCCCACGUACCCAACAUUCUCACCUGGUACUGCUGUAAUACCGGCUGAAGCAGCGCUUUAUCAACCCCAAGCCCUUCUGGCUCCAACACGGACAGCACCACCGCCACCUGCAGUCGCCUAUUAUCCUGCUCAGGCAACCGCCACUCAGCUUUACAUGAACUACACAACCUACUAUCCAAGCCCUCCCGUGUCUCCAACUACAGUAGGAUACUUUGCAGCUCCCCAGGCAGCCAUGGCUGCUGCUGCUGCAGCCACAUCUGCAACGCAUGCUGUGAUACCACAACCUGGAGCACUUGUUCGCAUGCAGGGUCUGCCUUACAACAUUGCAACAAAAGACAUCCUUAGCUUCUUCCAGGGAUAUCAGCUUCCUGCAGACGCAAUCUUAGUUCUGUAUAACUUUGCUGGCCAGCCCAGUGGAGAAGCUUUGGUGACUUUCCCAACCAUUGAGAUGGCUACACGAGCAGUGUCAGAAAAGAAUGGGCAACUUAUUGGUCAUGAGUGUGUAAACCUCCAAUUGGUGUAAGACUUGCACAAUGACUCACCAGCCUUCAUACCCACGGGAAAGAGAUGAUCAUUCCUUUAUAUAUAUUUAAAAAAAGGAGUGUGGCCUUGUACAGAGCGUGACAAAAGAGGAAACUGCAUGUGUCGGACACCCCCUUGCUGCCAAAGGGUUGUGCACUAACUCAAAAGCCAUAAUAGACUGCAAUAUUCUGCAUCAACCUCUUUUUUUUGUUUUAAACUGCCAACUAGCAUUUCUGAUUUUGACUUUAUACUGAUGUGGAAAUGACUUACAAAACUUGACGAUGCUAACUGUGUAGUUAAGUUAUAUAUUUUAUUUAAACCUAGUAGCUUCAGAGCCACAUGUAGACUCGCCAUUCCUAACAUGCAUGCAGUGUUUAUGUUAAACUAUUUGUAUGAUACAAGAAUGCUGCUUAUAGGUAAUGCCUUUAAUGCAUGCAAUAGAAGUUUUUUGUAUAUGCCUAUAAGCUAUAAGGAUAUUUUUUUUACUCUUAAGAUGGCUAAGUGAUGAACUAUCUGCUGUUGGAGCACUAAAACUUGUUAUCCAUGAUUAUUUUCCCUGUGCCUUAAUGCAAAGUGCAAUAUCAGCAGAAAAAAAGUUUUGAAAAGGCCUCCUGUGAGGCUAAAAGAGUUGUAUGUACUUAGUUAAUAGAGCAAGUUUGAAACUUGCAACAGUAUAAAAUUGUAUGCUUUGUAUAGCCAAACAAUAAAAGUUUAAAGAUGCA